AUGGCUCAGGAAAAUAAGAAAAACAAAUUAGUUAAUAAAGCAUUACAAAACAAAAGACAAGAAUCUAUUCAGAAACAAGAUUAUUCGGAACAAGUACUUGAACUUGCUUCAAGAGCUCUUGACCCUAUAGCUUCGACUACAGUUUUAUUGAGAUAA